CCACCACGACAGAUUUAAACGUGUUUAUGUGACUGUAAAGUUCCACCGGCUACCCUCAUGUUGUGAAAAUAAUUUAGAAAAGAAACGUGAUCAAAAAUAAGUUAAAUAUAUUUCUCUUAAAAUUUUAGGAAAUUUAAGUGUCUGUCAGUGAUUUUAUUCUAAUGUAAUUCAUUAUGUAUUGAAGUUUGUAUAAUUGUCAUAAUUUAACCAAUUUUUAUAUCCAAACUAAUUAAGAAUUUGUGUAUAGUGAACAUUGGUAUUUAAAGAACAGAAACUUGAAAAUGGCGUUGGUAGCGAUCAGUCGAGUCAGUAGUCGGGUGUCAAUUGAUUCGACCUUCAACCAUUUGAAUCAUUUGGGAGCAAUCGCCCGACAGAGACAGCCGUGCUUUGCAGUAUUUGUACAAAGUUUUGUCGCAGAAGCAAAAAAAAUGAGUCUGCCACGCGUUUUCUUUGAUAUGACCGCAGAUGGUAAGAACGUGGGUCGCAUCGUAAUGGAGCUGAGAAGCGAUGUAGUCCCUAAAACUUCAGAAAAUUUCCGAGCUUUGUGCUCUGGGGAGCACGGUUUCAGUUACAAAGGUAGCAGUUUCCAUAGAGUUAUACCAAACUUUAUGUGCCAAGGUGGGGAUUUUACAAAUCAUAAUGGUACAGGAGGAAAAUCAAUUUACGGUGCUAAAUUUGAAGAUGAGAAUUUUCAAUUGAAGCAUGUAGGACCAGGAAUUUUAUCAAUGGCAAAUGCUGGACCAAACACUAAUGGUAGCCAAUUCUUUAUCACGAGUACAAAAACAUCAUGGCUUGAUGGUAAACACGUUGUGUUUGGAAAAGUAGUCGAAGGACUGGAUGUUGUUAAAAAGUUGGAAGCUUUGGGUUCUCAAAGUGGUAAAACCUCAAAAAAAGUUAUAAUAAACAAUUGUGGAGAAUUGUCGUAAUUUUAUACACUGAUAGUUACUUUAAAAAUUGCAUUUUUCUUUAGUCAAUAAAUAAAAUUAUUUUCGUCGACAUUUAAACAAA